AACUCCCCCGAAAUGUUUGAGGAGAAUUCCUCUGCUUUUUGGAUGCAGUUCAGCAAAGCGACAGGCCCCUGGGGAAACCUAAAUGUUUAAACCAAAUGCCAGUUUCUGCGGCGUGGACUUACUUGCACUGUGUUCAACUACAACAAGACACAUUGUAUCCGCUACAGACCCACUCCCGAGAAACAGAAGAUAAAUUGUUACAACGCAUCAAACCAGCGUAAAUGUCCCCAACACAUCAGGGAGAUAAUAAAUGUGCAGUGGCUGAUGUCAAGUGAUUUGCAUACCGACUUCCGCUCCAUAGUUUUAGUGUCUGCAUCAGCCGGUAUGCAAUUGAGACGCCAGGGGAAGCAGACAAACAGAUGUUGUCAAACGAAGACAUGAAUACCUGACAUUAACUUUUAAUCGAAGUUAAAAGUAGGUGAAGUAGGUGAACGUUGUGGACGCGUUGGAGGAACUUUGAAGGGCAAUAGAGAGAAGCUGCUGAUUUCCUUUUUUUGCAGAGUGGAUUUGCUACAUACAUAUGAGGAGGCGGACCUCUGACUGCGUGCUCAAUAUGCUGAAAGCAAGCCCGAUGUGUGCAUACUGUAUGUGGGAGUACAGAGACUAUUUUGUCUUAAUUCAAUCAUGAGGAUCGGGAUACAUUGCACUUUAAACCGCGUUGGAUACACAGUUUGUUUUUCUUGGCAGCAAGCUAUAUAGCCUAUUUAUUUGGUCGUGUGUUUUUUUUUCAGACAGAAGAUUCCAUACUAUCCAUUUGCACUUUUUUCUUUUCUUUUGAAGUUCACUUUAACAAAGUAGACUACCGGUUUGCCUCAGAGCUAGCUACCUUUUAAAUCGUAAAAAAAAUAAAAUAUUGAUCCUUAAGGAACACUUGAGGGGAAUCUAUUGACGUCUAACGUUACUUCGUGGCAUGUCACACAAUGGUGUCAUUUUCGGAUGGAGUUUUGAGGUCCUAUAUCUUCAUUUGAAGUUCUGAACACUUGGAUUAGGCUAGAUCAUUAUUUUUGUAGACAGGCCUAGAAUUCAUUAUAGAUGCCAAUAGUGGAGCAUUUAUUUGUUACACCAACAGAUCCUAUAGACUAUUUUGCUGUUAUAGACCACAUCAUAUGAGUAUAUCUGAACAAUGCUGUUUUUUAAAAGUUGGGUGCAUUUUAUCUAACUGUUGUGUCUGACGUUCCAUUCUUGUGACUCGACACAUUCGAAUAUUUCUGCCCAAAACGUAAUUCUCUACGUAGUCUUGGCACCCGGUUGAAUCCUUGGAGAAAGCUUUCCAUUUUGGCAUAGCCAUCGUUUGAUUUAUCAUCCCUUCACACGGCAAACAAUUAGUGGCUUCCCCUCACGAUGAGUUACUUAUACCAAGCAGUGAUUUUAUUGCUACGUGGACUCGUCAUCUCUGCGGUACUGGGAUUGGAAAGCAGCUACUCAAAUGAUAUGUUGAAUCGUGCGUCUGAUGCCGCAAUUGUAGCCACUACAGACCCCUGUCUGACGGUGAUGCCGCCAUGCAUGGGCGAUGCAGACCGUUUCAGCCUGGAGGCCCUCCGGGUCAUCCACAAACAGCUGGACGACGAUAAUGACGGGGGGAUUGAGGUCAACGAGAGUGUGGAGUUUAUUAGAGAAGACAUGAAGCAACAGCAAACGAACAAACACAGUAACCUGCACAGAGAAGACCAACACAUCACUGUGGAGGAGCUGUGGAAGGGCUGGAAAACCUCUGAAGUUCACAACUGGACAACAGAUGACACGGUCCAGUGGCUCAAGGAGUCGGUGGAGCUGCCUCAGUAUGAGAGGAACUUCAGAGACUUCCGGUUCAACGGCAACACGCUGCCUCGAUUAGCGGCAAACGAACCGUCGUUUAUGUCUGGUCAGCUAAAGAUAUUAGACCAGCGGCACAAACAGAAACUAAAUCUUAAAGCCCUAGAUGCUGUGCUCUUCGGCCCUCCCUUACGUCCACAACACAACUGGAUGAAGGACUUUGUGUUGAUGGUAUCUAUAGUGAUCGGGAUGGGGGGCUGCUGGUUCGCCUACAUCCAGAACAAGUCUUCCAAGGUGCACAUGAGUCAGAUGAUGAAGGACUUGGAGAGCCUGCAGAGUGCUGAGCAGAGCCUCAUGGAUCUUCAGGGACGCCUCGAAAAGGCCCAGGAGGAGAACCGCACGGUGGCGGUGGAGAAGCAGAACCUGGAGCAGAAGAUGAGGUAUGAGAUCAGCGGCGCCAAGAAGGAGUCGUACCGCCUCCGGGAGCUCCGCCAGGGGGCCGAGUGUGAGCUCAGCCGCCUGAAAUAUGCUGAGGAGGAGCUGGUGCAGGUGCGUAUGGCCCUGAAGCGUGCGGAGAAGGAGAUGCAGACAGAGUGGUCGGUCCCAGAGGCCCUACAGAUGUGGCUACAACUCACCCAUGAGGUGGAGGUCCAAUAUUACAACAUCAAGAAACAUAGCGCAGAGCUACAGCUCACUGUCGCUAAGGAAGAGGCAGAGAAAAUCAAAAAGAAGAGGAGUUCUGUGUUUGGAACACUUCACGUCGCCCACAGUUCAUCACUGGAUGAAGUGGACCACAAGAUCCUAGAGGCCAAAAAGUCCCUGUCGGAGGUGACGGCCUGCCUGAGGGAGCGCCUCCACCGCUGGCAGCAGAUUGAGAAGCUAUGCGGCUUCCCCCUGGUGCACAACUCUGGGCUGCCCAGCCUGACUGCCACCCUGUACUCUGACCACAGCUGGGUGGUCAUGCCCCGCGUCUCCGUGCCCCCCUACCCCAUCGCCGGCGGGGUGGACGACCUCGACGAGGACACGCCUCCAAUCAUUCCACAAUUCACCUCAGCCUCUAUAAUGCGGCCACCUCUGACGCGCAGCAGCAGCCUGUGUCGGUCCCGCCGGAGUCUCUACAGCACCCCGCAGCCGUCAAUGAUGUCUGCCGACCCUGACCUGCUCUCUAUGGCCAGCCCACCCCUCUCCUACCACCCAGAGGGUGAAGAAGAACACAUCAUCUUAAUCGAGAGAAAGGGGGACACUCAGGAUACGUCCUCAGAUACAGACUCUCUCAACUCCUCCUUGGGACGGAAACAGUCCUAUGCCAACCCCUGCACGCCAGGCCCAGAGCCCCCCUACCGCAAGAUCUCCCGCGAGGAGCUGAUGAUGCUGAGCCAGCAGGAGCCUCAGACUUACAUCCGGGACUCACCCCCUCCUCAAGGGGGAGUUGCGUCCCUCUCGACUUCCUCCUCGGCCAACCCCUCCCCUGCCCUGGAGCACCACUCACACUCCCACACGCACUCGCACAAACACAAGGGCUCACCCGACCUCACCCGUGGCUCCAUCCCAGAGUCCCACAGCAUGUCCUUCACCACCCCGACGGCGGGAAACAAGGCCGUGUUCAACGGCAUCCUGGAGAAGUCCUAUAGCAUGGGCCAGCUGCCCGCGGGAAUGACGGGGCCAGGGGGGGUGGUGGUGGUGGGGCGCAACCCAUCCCUCACCUCACUGGACAAUGAGGGCAGGGGGGUGGGGGCAAAGGAGAAGAAGCUACAGAGAACCUCCUCUCAGGACUCCUGUGACAACGGAGACAAGACCAAGAAGUCCUCGUCCAAGAUCAAGAGCUUGUUCAAGAAGAAAAAGUAGUAGUACUCAGAGAGAGAGAGAGAGAGGGGACGGGACAAAAAAAGGAUCAAGAUGAAGUCAUUUUAGCCUUAAUAAAAAAUGGACGUUGUCAACGGAAGCUAAAACAAUCUUUUUUGUGCCAUUGUUCCUUUUUUUUUUUCUUCAAAGAUGGAAUGUAGCUCUGUCUGGGAACCUCAAUAAUGCCCUUUAAUUAAUUGUUUUUGCUCACUCAUAGCCUCAAAGUUAAGGCUUCAAAGGUCACCGAAAGUUUAAAAGGUAAAGGGUCAUGCCGGCUGCCAUCCCCCAGGCAACCGUGAAAAGCACGAGCCUGCUCACUCGACGUCUUCUGGUUCUUUUUCAGUUGAAGAAACAAAAAAAUACAUUUCACUUGUGUUCCAUCUGGGGGUUGAGGGGCUUGUGCUUGACACAUUUAUUUUCAGAAGGAAAAAAAAGAAAUACUACUUAAGUUUGUUGCACUACUGCUUUCCUGUUUUCUGGGAAAGGGCCGCCACUGCUCGCAGAGUAAAUAUUAAUGUAUACAGUACAGAUGAGAAUGAUGUAUGGGGAAGAGGCAUUAGAGAUGCACCACAUGGUAGGCUAUUGAAGCCAAAAUCGCUUGGUGUUUCCAAUGUUUUUUGCAAUGGAUUUUAUUUAUAUACACACACACACACACACACACACACACACACACACACAC